AUGGCUGACUCAUCGCAAGUGCGCUCGUUUUACGCGGGCAAAAACUUUUUCAUUACUGGAGGCACUGGGUUUGUUGGAUUGUGUUUAAUUGAGAAAAUACUACGAUGUAUACCAGAUGCUGGUAAGAUUUACUUGCUAAUGAGACCUAAGAAAGGCAAGGAAAUAGCUGACAGACUGCAAGAAUUCCCUAAGAAUCCGGUCUUCGAAAAGCUCUUAGAAAGCAACUCGGAGGACAUAUUCAAGAAAUUAAUCCCCAUCGCUGGUGAUGUCGGUGAGGAGAACCUCGGACUAAGUCCCCAAGACCGUCAGACUAUCAUUGAUAAUGUGAAUGUGGUGAUUCAUUCCGCUGCUACCCUGGACUUCCAGGAGAGUUUGCGGCCAACAGUUAAUAUUAAUUUACUCGGAACUAGACGAGUGAUGCAGUUGUGUAAAGAUGCUAAGAAUUUGAAGGUAAUGAUCCACGUAUCUUCAGCAUAUGUGAACUCCUACUUGACUGAAGCACAUGAGAAAGUGUAUGAGGCUCCAGAGGAUCCCGAAAAAGUGAUUUCUUUAGUAGGCACGCUCAAUGAUGAAGCGUUAUUGGAAGUUGAACCCAAGCUUCUAAAGAGUCAUCCCAACACGUACACGUUCACGAAGCACUUAGCCGAACAUGAAGUCGUCAAAUGUGCUGACCUGUUCCCCUGUACCAUCGUCAGGCCUACUAUGAUUGUAGCAGCUUGGAAGGAACCGAUCCCAGGAUGGACUUGCUCCAAGGUGGGGCCUCAAGGUUUUCUGAUGGGAGCCGCUAAAGGCGUAGUCCGUCGUCUCCCGCUUGCAAAGGAGAAUGUAGCUGAUUACAUCCCAGUGGAUGUCGUCGUCAACCAGCUACUGGUCGCUGGCUGGGAAGCUGCUAACUCCAGAUCGGGUCUUACAGUGUAUCACUGCUCGUCGUCGACCUGCCACCCCUUCACGUGGACUAUGCUCGAUGAUACUGUCAACAGUAUGCUGCAUAAAUACCCCUUGAAGAGCGCUGUUUGGUAUCCACACUUGAAAUUCGUGCCUUCACUCCUAAUGUUCAGGAUUUCAGCGAUAUUCGUGCAUUUCUUCCCCGCGCUACUAUUGGAUUUGAUGCUCAGAAUGACUGGAGGAAGACCUAUAUUAAUUCGUCUACACAAGAACGUAUGGAAUUCUCUCAACCGCCUGGAGCGCUUCAUCUUCAGUGAAUGGAAGUUCCACAACCCCAAUACAUUAGAAUUGGCCACGAAACUAAACCAGACGGACAAGGAACUAUUCUUUAUUGAUAUUUCCAAGUUAUAUUGGGUAGAAUACUUCAAAACUCUUCAUUUGGGCGUGAGACGAUACUUGAAUAAGGAGAAGGAAUCAUCUUUACCGGCCGCUCGCAAGAAGGAUAUGGUGCUCCUCCUCUUCCACGUGAUCUGGCAGCUGUUCAUCAUGGGCCUGGUCUGGUACAUCUUCGCCUGCUUCACCGGCCUGACGCUAGCACACAGCGCUUGGAUAGCACCCAUCAUAUACAUAUUGUUUACUUUCUUAUAA